CUAAAAGAAGUAAAAGUCUAGUCAUCAAAAACAAUGUAAUAUCCUGUGUGAAAGUCACGAAGCCUUGUGGUUGGAGUGCUUUGAUCAAGUGCCCUGUAAAGUGGCCUUGGAUGACAGAUACUCAAAGACCUUUGCAGGUGUGACUUCAGUUCGUAUCAUACCCUGCCCUGCUCAAGGAGGAGGGGCUGCAGCCAUGACCCUCAUUAGGACAAUGACAUUCAUGCUGCUGUUCCUGGCUCUCAGUUUCUUCUCAGUUCAAGCAACAGACCUGAAUCACUGUCAAGUUGUAUAAGCAUUAGUCUGUAAACACUUCUCACCUCUGACCCAGAAGACAACUGAAUCUUGACUACUCUCCAUGCCUUCACUCUUGUACACUCCAAAGUACUACCUCCAUUUUUGCUAAAGUGAUCUCCAUAAGUGAAAAUGCUGCACUCACCUACUUUUCUGCCUCAAAGCCUUCACUAGGUCUCCAUCACUGGCAGGAGAGGGACCAAGGUCUCUGAUGAGAAAACAAAAUUUUGGUGAAGCAGUCGCCCAUGCUUGUGGUGGACGACAAUGACGUCACCCUCAGCUGCAGGUAUUCUCACAACCUGCUCUUGAAGGAGUUCCGGGCGUCACUGCACAAGGGAGUGAACAGUGAUGUGGAAGUCUGUGUUGCGAUUGGGAAUCUCUCCUCUCAGCUUCAGUUUCACUCAAAUGUGGGGUUCACCUGUGAUGGGAAUUUGGACAAUGAAACAGUGACAUUCUACCUCCGGAAUCUGCACGUCAAUCAAACAGAUAUAUACUUCUGCAGAGUUGAGGUCAUGUACCCUCCUCCUUACCUAGACAAUGAGAAGAGCAAUGGAACUAUUAUUCACGUGAAAGAGAAACAUCUUUGUCAUGAUCAAACUGCUCCUAGGCUGUUCUGGGCACUGGUUGGGGCUGCUGGAGUCCUGUUUUGUUAUGGCUUGCUAGUGACAGUGGCUCUUUAUAUUAUCUGGACAAAUAGCAGAAGGAACAGACUCCUUCAGAGUGACUACAUGAACAUGACGCCCCGGAGACUUGGGCCCACACGCAAGCAUUACCAGCCCUAUGCUCCAGCGAGAGACUUCGCUGCCUACCGUCCCUGACAGGGACCCCUAUCCAGAAGCCAGCCGGCUGGUGCCCCUCCACCUGCUCAACACCACUGCUCUGGAUAGGAAAGGACUGUCUCAUCUUCAGCCGGCCACUUUGGACCUCUCCUGGGCCACCUUUGCUAAUUGUUUCGGAGUGUCUAGAUCCAACAUCACGAACAUCUGGAGACUCUGGAAUGAAUUCAAAGAAACCUCUAUGGCAGGUUAAAUUCUGUAUACCUUAACCCAAACUCAAGUUUAGUAUAUUUAUUGACUUGAUUGAAAAGUUAAAGUAGAGAAAACAAAAAGCGAGAGGAUUCAUUUGGCUGUGGAAGUCAAUUUUCAGGCUGCAUUGAGCCUGGUUUGUGUCUCUCUCACUGGCUCAUUUCAGAUAUGUGAAGUGUGACAGCUAAAGAUGUUUUAGAUGGAGUAGAAAGGCCAGAGCAGCCUUCUCUUUAGCUAAGCUGGUGUUUAAGACAGGGAUAGGGUAGAGUUACAGAGCGUAGACUGAAGUAUUUAAACAUAAUUAAAACACUGUUUCCCACCCACAAAAUGAGCCACUUAGUUCCAUCUUUAGUGUUUUUCUGUUAGUUUAGAAAGAUGUAGACAUAUUUUUAAUGAAUUCUGACCACUUUUAAUCACUUUGACCAGUGAAAUGCCCUCAAAGCACCCCCAGGAUUUGCUUUUCUUAUUCCCUGUCAUGGAAAUUCAGUAUUAUUAAUAGUCACAAGAUGAUUUCAAAACUAAAUAGCCCUCCCACACUAGGAAGCCUGUGAGAGGAAAUAAGGUCACUAUAUAUAUUUUGAAUGCUGUGGAGGAUUAUCUGUUUAGUAGCUUGUUCCAGGCAGCCAUUUAAACCAUGGUUUCCUUGUUGUCUUUGUUGGUACCUGAAAUGGAAUACUGAAAUUGCAUCUAUAGAGUGCUAGUCAUGAUACUGUGAAAAGGGGGUAUUAGCAUUUAGUAGGCAGUAAGGAUGAGUUCCAGGGAACUUCCUCUGAGGAAGGGGAUGAGGAAACUCUUGUUAUGUACUCAAGAGAUGGAUGUUUUCUAGACUGCAUCUUAGAGAGCCAUGCUAUGUGUUCCUUUAGACUCUAAAGUUUAGAGGCACUGUAUUUGCACCAGGGCUCAGAACUGCAGAAUUUUGUGAGCUCAGCUGCUUUGUACCCUGUGGAUCUAUUGACAUGAAAAAUUAUUCUGGACAAUGUCUUUAGGGACAUCAAAGUUCUCAAGAGCAUCUGCAAACAUAAAUUUUCUUUGCUUCCAGUUUGGGUCAACUGAAAAACAUCUAUGGACCUUAAAGAAUGAGUCUAUAGCCAUCUUUGCCAUUUGUUUAGUGCUUUGAAUUAUUCAGAGGUUUUAGAGGCCAGUAGGCCUGGUAAAAAUCUCAUUACUAAUUGAAUAGCCUCAGUCAAAUUACUAUUCAUCUAAGACUAUGAUUCCUCAACUGUAAAACGGACAUAAUGAAACUUACUGUGAUCCUCCUGCCUCUACCUCCCAAGUGUUGGGAUUAUAGGGGUGCACAAUCAUGCCCAGCUUGUAGCAUAAAUUUAUACCUAAACUCAUGAGGAUCUCUCAGCUUCAAUAAUUUUCUAGCCAAUUAGAAUAGAUUCUCUUGCAAUCAAACAUAAGGCAUUUCCCCCUACUGCUGUCUUUGUAUAUAAAGAAGUCUUUAAACAUUUUUUUUUUAAUAUGAGGAGGAGGAAGGGAUAGGAAUCUUUUCAUUCUAGACAGAUGACAUUGUGCUCUGAUAGAUUUUUUUAAAGUUGGCUUCCACUCUGUGCCUUUUGUUAAACCAGCAAAGGCCAAGAUCAGCCUGACUUGUGUGAUGAAAGACUGCUGGCUUGACCCUGGCACUUGUGACUGCAGCCAGCCUUUGACAUGUGGCAUUCUUGAACUGAAGUUACAAAAUUAUAUUUGAAGAUGACAUCACUGGAGAGUUUUUAGAAAGGGCAAGAGCAAAUAACAAACACUUUUUUAAUGGAAAAGUUUAAUCCUUGAUAAUCAAUAACUUUAUUUUCUAACUGGAAAAGGACUGAAGAUGAAUCAUACCUGAGAUUUCUCAUAACUCUCUGAAAAGAACCAAAGUACAGGAGUCAUCGAUGUUUCACUAUUGGAAUGAACCAACAAAUGGUUUAAAAACACUGGUUUAGAGUAAUGCUUUUGCCAUUUUGGAUGUAGUGUUUAUGAGGAAAACUGUGUCAUUUGCUGCUAUUAUUGCAAGAGUCUUGAAAUUAAAGGUGUGCCUAUAAUUUUUAAUUGUGAGGUCACCUAUUUGGGAUUGAGCAUACCAAUUUAAAGAGGCCCAGUGUACCUUAUAUCUGCAUCCAAUGAUAAAAUAACCACACUAACAUGUGCCUGCUUUCAAACUCGUGCUUUAACGUUGUCCCCAGGACGGUUAUGCAAUGAAUCUGGAGAUGUUUUGCUAUUUGAAAGAGUGUAACAUAAAUCUUUUUACAUCUCUUGAUUCUCUGUCUCUCUGUCUCUCUCUGUCUCUCUCUGUCUCUCUCUGUCUCUGUCUUUCUCUCUCGUCUCCUCCUCAACUCUGUCAAGAUUUUCAAACAUUGAUUUCUUUUGGAAAAAAUGCAACUUGUGGUUUCUUUGCUUGGCUUCAAGUGCAGCGUGUCAACAGGCCAGUGUUUUGACUCUUUGAGAGUCAUGUAAGGCUGGCCUUACAUGAGCUCUGUCUGCUGUGCCUGCCAUGGGACAGAUACAGCUUGACUGAGCCUCCAGACACUUAGUUCUUCAAUCAUUUAGUCAGCUAACUGAGCCACUAAUCUGCAUAACUGGUUGAAUUGGCAUACUGAGGGUCAAAUAGAUGUCUGAUCCCUCACCCCAGUCUCUGGACUGCCACAUGGGAACUACAGUUGACUUGUGUUCUCACUGAAAAAUGUUAAAUUCAACUACAUGAGCUGGAUCUGAAACCACAAUACUUACUUCCAUUUAGCCACCACUAACCCAGGUCAUACAAAAUGGGGUGGAUUCUUUCAGAACUUGGGGAAGUGAGUUUGGCCUAUCCAAAAAGUCAGUUGAAGCUUAAAUCUUUCUUGCACUGAUAUGUCUAUGCAAAUAUCAAAAGCUUGUUUCAAUAUCAGGGACUUUAUAUAUACUGCAUUCUCUGUCUAGAAUGUUAUUCCCUAGAUAUCUAUUUGGUUUCCUCUUACUUCCUUACACAUUAGCUUAAAUGUUUCAACUUUCAACUGUAAUUAAUUACCCAAUAUACCCUGUCUUCUUGCCUUAUUUUCCUCUAUAACAUGUUACCAUCUCUUAUACUAGAUGUUUUUCUUAUUCACUGAUCUAUUGUUUCUUUUUCUAAUCUAGACUGACUCUUCAUAAAGAAAAACUCCAUUUUCUUUGUAUUUUGUUUUGCUGUUUUCCCAGUGCUUAGAAUAACGCUUAGUGUGCAAUAAGUAUUUAUUGGCUGAAUAAACGGAUUUCACAUGGGCUUAUGAAUUAAUGGUGACUCUAAAUGAUCUAAUCACACUCUGAGAGGGAAAGAAUCAGUUCUAUUUUCCACUCCUUAGAGACAUGAGAGGUAAAGCAUAUGCAAAGAAAUCUGGUGAAAUAACAUUUAAUUUAUAUAAGUUAAUUUACAGUUUAGAAAUUUUUGUGUAA